GACACUAUGUCUGUCAUGGGGCCGCAGGGUCAUGAUGGCGCUGAGUCUGAUACAAGCACUUGUACGUGGCCUCGUAUGUGCCGAGGUGACCUCAGGCGGCCCUGUGGCCGGGCCAAGGGCUGUCGGGCUGGGUGUCUGCUUCGUGCAAGUGUGUCCCCACUGGACAUCUGA